AUGACUUGUCCUGAAAUAGAUUCGUUAAACAACACUGCUAAAAAAUUAUCCAACUGUAUCGCUGCUGAUGAAUAUAAUGCUAGAGAAAUGAUCCGGCAUGCGAGUUCCUUAAAAGGAAAAGCUCAAUGUAUUAAGGAAUUCCAACAGUUCUUGGAAUCUAUAAAUGAAACAAGUGAGACUGGCCAAAGAAGAGCUAUCCUAUUGGAUGAGCUGCAAAGAGAGAACAAACUGAUAAUGGCGUAUCAAGAAGAAAACAGGGUAUUGAAAGAUGCUGUUGAAGAUUGUUUUAAUACUUUGAACAGAAUCAUGGAGAAGCAUAAAGUAGUUUCGGAAAAAGUGCAAAAAACCAGAAAUGCUUCAAUGACCCUUGAUGAUAUUUGGAACCUGAUUUUUAUGAUUAAUGAUAAUAGCGGUAAGGAGAAUCUUAGAGGGUUUAACUGUCAGCUUUUAAACCUAGUUAGUCAGGAGGAACAUCGGUGCUUUGCUUACACAGAGAAACUAACUCAACUUCGCCAUGAGCAUAGUGUCUUAAAAGAAAUGUUGCGGAAUUCGGAGAUAUCCAAUCCCGGAGUUCAGAAAAUAUUUUCAAAUAUCUUGACCGAAGUGAAGCGGAAAAGAGUGUGUAAUGAAUCUUCAGAAGAUGAAGAGUUGGACGAUACUAUUAUUGAAGUUUCUCCAGUUUUGAACAACACCGUCAUUGAAGUGAGCAGAUCAUGCGCAACUGAUUCCUCAACAAUAUCCUGA